GAAUCCAUUGAUUUGAUUCUCUUUCUCUCUCUGAAAGGAUAUUUGCUACCUUUGGAUAAGAGAGAAAGUAAGAGGAGUAAAACAAUGGCAAUGGCAAUGGCGAGUUCUACUUCUGCUAAUAUCACUGUUAUUCAUCGGUGCCUUCCUUCUCCAAACAGAGUAAAAGCGUUGCGGCUUCGUGUUGUUAACUCAACUCAACACAAUCAAGAACACAAUACCUCACAGUCACAGGAAGAAGCAUCAGUGAAGGUUUCAAGGCGCGUGUGUCUAACGUGCAUGUGUUCGAGUGCAGCUCUGACUCUAAUUGCAGCUGCACCAAAUUCAACUGCUGCGGCGGGAAUGGAGAAAGCAGUGUGUAGAAACUGCGGCGGAAGUGGUGCCAUCAUCUGUGACAUGUGCGGUGGUACCGGAAAAUGGAAAGCUCUCAACAGGAAACGAGCCAAAGAUGUUUAUGAAUUCACUGAGUGUCCUAAUUGUUACGGUCGAGGAAAGCUUGUGUGUCCAGUUUGCUUAGGAACUGGGUUGCCAAACAAUAAAGGUCUCCUAAGGAGGCCUGAUGCGCGAAAACUACUUGAUAAGAUGUAUAAUGGACGCCUACUUCCAAACUCUUAAGAAAAAUGAAUCAAAUCUGUAGAUGUUCACACUUCGUACCUUUCUUGUCCAUUCAAGGUAUUGACUUCUUUCUUAUUGUUAAUGGUUGUUGUUUUUGGGUGAUAAUGGUGGCAGUAAGGGUUAAGUCUAUUGAAUUAAGAGAAUUGUAUGCAUUACAAGCAUCACUGGUAUGAUCAUUAUAUCCUUCCGAGGAGUGCUAGGGGGCCAGCAGAUUAUGUGAUUUGUAGCCAUCAAUUAGCCAUCAAUAAUGUUUUUAAUGGUGUGAGAUUACAUCUAAUGGAUUGCUCAAUUUUCUUUUGAUGAUUAAGUGCUGGCCGAAAUUUAAUAAAAGUGCUGGCCCCUAGACUUUCUCUAUCCCUUUAUUAAGUUAAAAAUGUAGGAGGAAUAUUCAAGGUAAUUCAUGCUUGAAUGAGUGGGAAUUGGCCAAUUGGGAAAUAGCAAUUAAGCCCACCUUCAAACAAACCAAAAGAAAGGCAUAUUGGAUGGCUAUUUGUAACUUGUAAGUCUGUUUUCUUCUUCUUUUUCUAGUGUUAUUGCGAGAUCUGAAUUCAUGACAAUAUCUUGAUAACUUAUUUUACCAAGUGCAUGCUAUUAAUAUUAAGAUAAAAGAUAAGAGCAUGACCAUUCAAGGACGUAAAAAUACAUGUAUAGGACAACAAACCAUUCAUAGUAGAAAUCUAAUUAAGGUGUCUUACACCAUAAGAAAAAGAUAUAAAAUAGUUGAUGGGAACAAGCUUCUUAAUGAAAAUCCAUAUCCCGGACCAAUUUGUGAUUAGGACAUAAGUGAACUAGAGGUAGAUGAGGAGCACUUAGAUUUUCGAAGCUUCUUUUCAACGGUGCUCAACUUAUCUUCACUGUUCUUAAGCUCGCGCCCCAUUUGUUUGAGCAUUUUGCGUGUGGAUCGUAUCAUCCCU